CAAAACCAACAAACGGCGUAAACAGAUGCUCACUGUCAACAACAAAGUAGCCCGACUGCGAUUGGUGGCAGAAAAGAGAGGUGCAUCGUGAUUAGAUAACGACGAGAUACGGGGCAAUCGAGGAUUUGUUUACACGCGACGCAACAACGCAACAAACAAUUUGUGUAAUUUCUUUUUAUAUCCGGUGAGGAGUCGACACGCGCCGUGGGUGAAUCGAAAGGUAUCCCCUUCUUUUGGAGUACCGGAACGCAAGACCACACAAACGAUGGCCAACGAAAGCAGCCUGUCGGCUUUGACCGUCGGAUUCAUAGGCGGUGGUAACAUGGCAUAUGCUAUCGCCUCGGGAUUGCUGAAAAAUGGUAUCCUACAACCCGGCCAAAUCCACGUCACGGCAACGAACCUAACCACCCUCAAAGAACGUUGGAGCACGCUCGAAGUGACGCAUCUGGGGACCGAUAACAUCGCGCUGAUAGAGCGGUGCAGCAUCAUUUUCCUGUGCAUCAAACCACAGAUGCUACAUGCGUUUCUUGUCGCGAUCGACGCCCGCGUACAGAAAGGAGGGAGACCCGACUGUAGAAACAAAUUGGUCGUAUCGAUUCUGGCCGGUGUCACGUUGGAUCAAUUGAUUUCAAAGUUGGCGCCUCUAGGGACCACAACGAUCGUUCGCACAAUGCCCAACACACCGAUGCAGGUUGGGCUUGGUUGUACCGUGUACUGUCCCGACAAGUAUGCCAUCGAUAAGUCCAACGAAGUUGUAAAGGAACUGUACAGCACACUGAAGCUGAUGCUCGGUUCGCUUGGAAAAGCUUUUGAGGUGCAGGAAAGCCAGAUCAAUGCCGUUACGGGGCUGGCCGGUUGUGGUCCCGCUUAUGUGUACGAGUUCAUCGAGGCACUAGCCGAUGGAGGCGUUAAGCAAGGGAUUCCCCGUGCCAUGGCUCUCCAGCUGGCCGCACAAACGGUCAUGGGUGCUGCGAAAAUGGUACUGACUACCGGCAAACAUCCGGCCGUACUGAAGGACGAAGUGUGCUCGCCCGGAGGUGCCACCAUCCAUGGUGUCCAUGCGCUGGAGCAGGGAUCGAUGCGCGGAACCGUUAUGAAUGCGGUCGAAAAGGCUACGAAACGUGCGGAAGAACUUUCCUAAAAGAAUAUCCUCUCACUGUGUUUGUGAAUAUUAGAAAAUGCGUUGGAAAUAAACAUCCAUAAGUGUUCUAA